AUGCAUCGGAUCCUGCAGAGGAGGCGAGUGCGCAAGCUGCGGGUCGUCUGGGCGUCUCUGGCCCUGGUGGCGCUGUCCCUGGCCGCGUGCAGCGCGCUGUUCACGGCGUGGACUUGGCGGCAGACGCGGGACCUGUCGCAGUCCUUUAAAGUCCUGCAAGACCGACUGGAGCAGGUCAACACGCAGAGGAAAGCCAUCGUGCAGCUCAUUCUGGAGAAGCGAGAGCUGCUUGUGGGCCAAAGAGUGAAAAGAGACGGGGGGACGGCACGAGGGAGGAAUGGAAACGGAAAGAAAGCAGCGUCUCAUUUCGAGAUUACCAAAGUCUCCUCUCAACAAGUUGGAGAGGGGGGUGUGAUAAAAGGUUGGGAGGAGAGGAUGCUGAAUAUGAGUAAAGCGGUGAGGUACAACAAGGAACAAGGCACCUUCACAGUGGAGAAAGCGGGGGUCUACUUCCUGUUUUGCCAGGUGUUGUUCAAUGAGCAGCAGUCUCAGUAUGUGAAGCUGGACGUGGUGACCAGUGGACAGAGGCCUCAGAAGCUGCAGUGCAUGGAGGGAUACGGGACGACCCCCUCCGCCGGACCACACCCUUUCCACUUCCUGAAGCCAUGCCAGGUGUCCGGCCUGCUGCGACUGGAUAGAGGCACAGAGCUGCAGGCCAUCACAGGCUCGUCCUUCAGACUCCAUACUGUGGGAAAUCCUUCAGCCUCCCCUCACAUAUUCAGCAUCUUUAAAGUUAACUGAAGCUUUUAGUCUCAUCCGGGACCAAAAAACUAACUUUUUACGCAGAUGACAUUCUUUUCUAUGUGGUAAAACACUCAUAAGCAAUGGGGACAUAAAAUCGUGCCACAGCCUCUUCCCAAAGACGUUAAUUUGAAAGACAGACCCAACAUUUGUGGAAGUUGUUGUGGAAUUUUUCUCCGGACAGCUGUGCUGUUUUGGACUGGAGAAAAACAGACUUCUGGAUUAAAACCAAGUCACAAAGUGGAAAAAAAAAUGCCUUUAUGAACGUCUGCAGAGAACAGAUGAUGGCUGGAAGCUGUUCUACAGAUAAAGACACAAUUGUAAAAAGAAAAUAGCCUUCUUAUCAAGUCAUAAAAUGUGCUUACACUCUCUUUAUAAGACUGAUAGUAAAGUUGCACUUUCCACUUUUUAUAUCACCACAGCCUCAAGAAACUCAAAGCUUCUGCAAGCGUCAGAUCCAGACACUAUUAACAGCCUACAUGAGUUGUCAGUGAUAUUUUAUACAGUGCAGCAUCUGUGUGUUUGAAUCAAGCAUUUUUUGUAUACUGAUUUUAUGAUCUCCACAUUACCAGUAAUGUGUGUGUGUGAGUGUGUGUUAUGUGUGUGUGUUCUGUGUGUGUCAAAGAAGUGUGACAUUACUCUAAGCCUUUUUCUUAAAGUACUCCGUAUGUGUACGUUUGGAGUAAAGAAUGGGUAUAUUUUGAAAAACAUGGAUGUGAAUUUGUGCUCUUUUGCUUGAAAUUUGAUUGUAAGGUAUUGCAUUGUAUAUUGUGUGCUUUAAUGAUGGAAAUUUGUUAUAGUCAGCAAAGCACACAUCUUUAAUUAUAGCUUUGUCUCUUUUUUCUGCCUUUGAUAGGCUAUGUUUUAUGGCCAAUAAUCACAAUCAGCAAAUUGUCUUGUAAAUAAUGAAAUCACUGUUCUUAUGGCCUUCAAAUGCUCUCCUAAGCUCUAGUGUGAAUUUAAAUUGAUUUUGAUUUUAAACUUGGAAAAAGUUACUAACUGAUCCAAAGAAAUAGUCACAGUUCUAGUGUAGUAAGACCAAGCUUUAUAACAGCCCAUAGAAAAAAAGCCAACAUGUUGUUCAUUUAGCUGCUGACUAACAUAUUAAUUCAAAGUUAAACAAAUAUUUUACUCAGUAGGACAAUGUUAAAACCAUGAGCUCUCUAAGGCUGAGUUGAACCCGUUGCUGCUUAACGCUAAAUGCUAACGUCAACAACCUAGCAUGAUCACAAAUCUAACAUGGUUUGUAAGGUUUGUUCCCCAGGUUAACAGUUUACAACUAUACUACCUCUCUGAGGUUGCAAUGAAGCCAAGGACUGCUUUGAGCUUAAUGCUAAUGUCAGCAAGCUGGCAUGACCGCAAAGCUAGCAUGCUAAUUUUUGCAGGUAAACUGUUAACCUGGCUAAUCUUUUAAAGGCAUUUUAGCCAAUCAACCAUAAACACCUAUACCCGAGGGUGGUGAGAGUGAUAAAAAGUCAUAAACAAAUUACAUUUACUGAAGUUUGAAAGAAAAAAACCUUUCAAAUGAUUGGGAAAUGAAAGGCAAGGUAACUGGGAUUGCUUCAGUGAAUUACAUGCAUGUCUAAAAGUUUUUUUGUCAAACAACAUAACUUUGCUAUGCCAGGGGACAUUGUUUGCUUGGUUUAAAAAUAACUAAGGAAUCCCAAUUUUUACCUUUGAUUUUUUUAAUCAGAUCGUUUAGUAGAUCUUAUGUGAAUAAUUUGUCCAAACCAACAACUUAUCUGAAAUAAUAUGGAAAGAAUAAAACCCCCAAUUUCUCUACUAUGUAAUGGUUACAUCUUGGAUUGAAGAUUGUUGCAUCUUUAAUUUUUAUGAUAUUUUGGAAACUCCUUUCAUUCGCUUGUAUUUUGCUGCUUCUGCUUUCUGUAAUAUUCUCCGCUACAAUGCAAACGUGUAUAUUUCUAGCAGUGGGUUAUGCACGCCCACUCUUGUUUAUAAGUAGUUUUUGUGGACGGACCACAUUGGUUUUCAGCUCAGCACUUUACUGAAGUGAACGUUGUGUUUUUAAUUGGAGCCAAACCUUCAUGUUUUCAGAUAAAAAAAAAAGUAUGAUUUUGAAGUUUAGACGUUUCCUCAUCGUUUUCCUCUUCCCUUUUGGUGUCCUUCAUGCUCACACACCAACCCCACACCCCCAUGCACCCCAAAUACCAGUGUCAGCACCGAUCAUACUGCACACCCACAUACACACACUCACUCUCCUGAGUGUCCUCUGCAUGCACAGGCACACACCAGCAGACAUCUAAAUGUUCACUUCCUGAAUCUGAACCUAAACCACACAGCUGAAGGCCUUUGAGGAAAAACAUGCCUUGUCCCUCCACAUACACACACAAGCACACACACACACACAAAUACACACAUAGUCUUGCACACUUCCCUGCCCUGAUUCCUAUUUUUGUAAAUGACUUUGUUAACACUUUGGAAAUUUGUGUGAAGCAUUGUGAAGUAGUUCUCUUAAAAAUGAUGAUGUAUGCAAUGGGUGGACAUUUCUUAUAUUCAUUUCCUCUCAUCCUGCUUCUCUUCAUGUUAAAUAAAAGUUAUUGGUUGGUUUUUUUGAAAAA